UUAUAAUUACAAAAUCUAUUUAUUGAGAGAUUCUCCAAACAGCCGCCUCGCUUGUACUCUCUCUAAAGUCUCAAGUAGCGAGCGUGCGUCUCUGUACUGUUCCGCGGCCCUGUGAAUCUCUCCGCGAGAGAUUCUGAUUAAUCUGCAGAGAGGUCAUGGAAACUCAGGCAGAUUCUUCUUCUCCCGCUCCACAAGUAGUGGGGAAUGCAUUUGUGCAGCAGUAUUAUUCUGUUCUGUCUGAAUCUCCUGAGCUGGCUCACAAAUUUUACGAGGAAGCCAGUGUUCUUAGCAGGCCUGAAGUCAAUGGUCAGAUGACCUCUGUCACAUCCAUGAAAGUCAUCAAUGAUUUCAUUAUGUCCAUGGACUACAGCAGAGUUGAGAUAUUGACUGCUGAUGCACAAGCUUCUUAUAAUGGCGGGGUGAUUAUUUUAGUGACUGGUUUUUUCACCGGAGAGGACAAUACGAGAAAACAAUUUUCACAGACUUUCUUUCUGGCCCCGCAAGCAAAUGGAUUCGUUGUGCUGAAUGAUAUCUUUAGAUAUGUUGAGGCAAAGGAACCAGGAGAUGUGGUGACAGUUGACAGUGUUGAUGAAGAAGGUGCUCCAACUGCUCCUUUGACUCCAGAUUCUGAACCAGUUCAUGUCCCCAAUCCCCCUGCUCAAAAUCACUCAAUUACUAUUGCGGAGGAGGAUACUAAUAAUAGUGAAGAAGUUGGCCAUUCACUGACCAAUGGAGAUAGAGAAGUCUUAGAGGAAAUAGCUGCUCCUGCUGAUGAGCAAGUAGUUAGGAGUCUAGUUGAUACCCUCCCAGUCAUUGAGAAAACUGCUCCUACUGUCCUGGAGGAUGGUUCCAAAAAGACUUAUGCAUCGAUAGUACAUGCAUUGAAGGGUAACGCUUCUCCAUUCCAUGUGAGGGUUCCGCCUGCAAAACCUGUGGAACAGCCACGUGUAACUGCUGCAGCACCUGAAACAUCGGUGCCAGUUAAUAAUAGUGCCCCUGAAAAAAAUAAUGAGAGAAAUAAUUUUAAUGCAGCAGCUAAGGGUCAUUCCAUAUUUGUGGCAAAAUUACCCAUGAAUGCCACAGUCGAACAGCUUAGAGAGGUCUUUGAAAAAUUUGGGGCCAUUAAGCGUGAUGGUAUUCAAGUCAGAAGCUAUCGGGAACAAAGAAGCUGUUUUGGUUUUGUAGAAUUUGAAUCUGCUAGUUCUGUUCAGAGUGCUCUUGAGGCUUCUCCCAUCUUAAUAGGCGAUCGUAAAGCUCCUAUUGAGGCAAAGCGAGCUGAUAAUGAUGGCGGAAAGUACCCACCCAGACGGGAUAAUUUUCGAGGAAACAAUUUCAGGGACCGUGGGAACUUUGGUGGCGGCCGUGGCUAUGGGAGAAAUGAUGCUGAAGAGGGUGGGCUUUCAGGUCAAGGUCGAGGCUCAUCUGGACGCAGUGGAGAUGUUAACCAGAAGGUUUAUCAGAACGGUGGACGAGUCUCCCGUCAAGGCCCGGGCCAGGGUCAACGUGGGAUGAAGUAGGUUGCCGCUCUCAUUAUUAAUUUUUUUUCCCCGCUGCAAUAACAUAUUGACGUAAGAUUAUAGGGAACUUCUGCCAAGUCUGAUCUUUUUGUCUUCAGUUUUGCGUUUAUUAGAGUGUUUUUUUUUUGGGGGGAGGGUGGAGGGAUUAGAAUGCUUGCCCUCUUAGACAAGUAUUAGAGUUAAUCUCUAGGUGAUGAGUGUUAUUUCUAAAGAAAGGAAAUCUAAAGGAUUCUUUUUAUGGAAUGGCUGUUUUUUUUUUUUUUUUGUAGAGGAUUAUGUUUCGGGUGCUGAAAGUUAUGAAUUUUUUCAAUAUUUGCUGAAACCUUGAGAAGAGUAUACUCCCACUAUUGAAACUUGAGGGGUAUGCUUGCUGCUGGUUUUUUACUUUUGCCA